AGGGAGAACAUGAAAGAUAAUGGGGUUUGAGAGAGAAGUAAAGCAAAGCUCAUCUACAGAAGACAGCUAUUAAGUUUAGGAACCGGCAAUGUUGCUUCAUUUUUGAAACCGAAUCGACGAUCGCUUGUCAGAAUCCAAGAUCUUUACAUUUACAUUGCAGUUACAUAAGGGAUCUUUGAGGCUGCUUACUGAUAUCUUGUAUCCUAUGUUAAAAGAAGAUGGAAUUGGACAUGCCUCUUGAUUACGCAGCAUUCCAACUCUCACCAAAACAUUCAAGAUGUGAAUUGAUUGUUUCCAGUAAUGGAAACACUGAAAAGCUUGCAUCAGGUUUAGUGAAGCCAUUUUUGACACAUUUGAAGGUUGUGGAGGAACAAGUUGGAUCCUCAGCUCAAUUCAUUAAGCUUGAAGUUGAUAAACGUAAAAAUGUGGACUCAUGGUUCACAAAGGGAACACUUGAGAGGUUUGUUCGUUUUGUUAGUACACCUGAAAUUGUAGAACUAGUGAUCACCUUUGAUGCUGAGAUGUCUCAACUAGAAGCAGCACGUAAAAUAUAUUCACAGGGAUCAUCUGAUCAGCUAUCGAGUAACUUAGGUGAUGGUAGAUCAAGCACAGCAACUAGGGCUGAUGCAACAAAGAAGGAGCUUUUGAGGGCAAUUGAUGUAAGGCUGACAGCUGUGAAGCAGGAUUUGAAUACAGCUUGUGCACGUGCCACUGCUGCUGGUUUUAACCAUGACUCAGUAGCUGACCUCCAGUUGUUUGCAGAGAGGUUUGGUGCCACUCGCCUAAAUGAAGCUUGCUGUAAAUAUAUAUCACUCUGUGACAGACGUCCAGAGUUGUUCAAAAAUUCAUCAAAAUCCAGCUUUAAAGAUCAAGCCAUCCGGUGUUCUUACAGCUCAGACAUGUCUAUAGAUGAUGAACCACCACCUAUCACCACUGAGCAGUCUCCAUCACCUACACCAGACCAAUCUGCUAAACCUGCCAUCACUUCUCAGCCACCCAAACUAAAGAAAGAAGAGGCUGGUGGUGGUGGUGUGUCUGAGGAGCCCUUUCCUCAGCCACCGCCCACCCAGCCAUCUUCUAGGCGGCUCAGUGUACAAGACCGGAUUAAUCUUUUUGAAAACAAACAGAAAGAGGUUGUUUCUGGUUCUGGUUCUGGUUCUGGUUCUGGUUCCGCCACCGGAAGUGGCGGCAAACCCGCCAUUGUUAAGCCUGAGCUUCGUAGGCUUUCAUCUGAUAUUUCAGCUCCUCCACCUUCUGUUUUGAGAAGAUGGAGUGGUGCUAGUGAUAUGAGCAUUGAUCUAAGUGGAGAGAAGAAGGAAGCUACAAACGAGACACCAAAUUCUGCUAAAACAGAGGUCCAAAAAGAUCAAGAUCAGCCUCAUGUUUCUAAGAUGGAGACAAGUUCUGGGACACAACCUGAAGAAUCUGUUUGUUCUAACCAACCGGGGCCCACUUUGGAAAAGACUCAAUCUAUUUCAUCUGUAACCAAAUUGGAAGAUGAUUCAUUGGAAAUGAAGUUAAAACUUCCUACCAAGAUCAAGUCUUUUCAUGGUGGUGUGUCAAAUCAAGAAGAGUUCAAGCCUAGAGUUGUUGAAACUUCACACCAUGAAGCGGAUACAAGAUCAUUAGAGUCCGAUUCGAAGCCAGUGAAUUUAAAAGCUCCUGUGAAGAACACUGCAAUAGAGAAACAACCUGGGCUCCAAAAAACAAAGAUUCAAAAGAACGAAAGCAGAUAUAUUGAUGGAUAUAGUAACACUAACACUAACACACCACCUUCUGGUAAGCUUUUGGGAUCAGGGUCAACAACAACGCCAUUAGAAGCUCUUGGUGAACAAACACAAACACAAACACAUAGGUCAAGACAAUUGAAAGGGAAUCAAGAACUGAAUGAUGAGCUUAAAAUGAAAGCAAAUGAACUAGAAAAGCUUUUUGCAGAGCAUAAGCUUCGAGAUCAACCUAAUUAUAACACACAUCAAAGUAAGCCUGUUGUUUCUACUCAGGUUCCUGAACCAACUAGGGUGGUGUUUAAAUCUCCUAUUCAAGUGGAUGAUCAGAAUCCCAGAGAUGGGCUUCAAAGAAGUAUUUCUGAGAUUGGAUUUUCCGACGAAUCAAAAGGAAAAUUCUAUAAUAGUUACAUGAAGAAAAGAGAGGAAAGGUUAAGGGAACAAUGGGGUUCCAAUAAAUCAGAAAAAGAAGCUAGAAUGAAAGCCAUGCAUGAUAGGCUUGAGCACAGUAGUGCUGAAAUGAAGGCCAAACUUUUGUUUUCUGCAGAUAGACAAGACCCUAUGUCAAGUGCUCGUAGACGUGCUGAGAGAUUAAGGUCAUUUAAUGCUCGAUCAGUUAUGAAGCGAGAGAAGGGAUUAGAUUUUGGGCAGCUUGAAGAUGAUGAAGAUAUAUCUGAAUUUUCAGAGCUGAAACUUAUGAGUAGUAAUGGUGUUUCUAGGAAUGUUCAAGGUAAAAAGCCAUUACCUGUGAAAAAUCCUUCUACAUCCACACCACGGACCCCAUCUGCACCAAUUCUUCCAAGGUCAAAAGUAGCAUCUGCUUCUGGGAGUGGGAGGCGAAGGGCACAAUCGGAAAAUCCUCUCGCACAAUCUGUCCCUAACUUUUUAGACUUGCGAAAAGAAAAUACAAAACCAUAUUCUGUUGCCAGCAAGGCAGCUGCACGAAGAAACCAUACUCAUACGCAUACGCGUAGCAGAAGUACCAAUGAGGAGAUGCCAGCUGUCAAGGAAGAGAAAACGGUAAGGUCUCAGUCUUUAAGGAAGAAGUCCCCAACUCCUCCUGAGAACAUGGAACACAAGUCUUUUCAUAGGAGGAAUAACAGCAUAGGUGGAAGUGGUAUUGGAAAGAUGAAGGCGUCAAUGGUGUCUGAAGUUGUUAUAAAAAAAGAAGAAGAAUAUGAGCCAGAAGUGAUGGAAGAAGAAGAAGAUGAUGAUGAAGAAGAUGAGGAUGAAGAUGAAGAGUUUGAUACCAUGGAAAUGGAAGCUCAAGAUGCAGUGGAGACGGAGUCGAAAAGCGAGAGUUUGAUAAACUCUGAACCUGGAAACGGAAACGAAGUUGCCUCACAGACAUUUUCACAAACACCUGAUGUGCAAGAUUCACCUGGUGAAAGCCCGAUGUCAUGGCAUCAUCCUUUUUCCUCUGAUAAUCUAGAAUCUUGGAAUCUACAUGGUCUUAAUUCAUCAGAAGCAGAGGUAGCUCGUAUGAGGAAGAAAUGGGGAAGCACCCAAAAGAAUAUUCUUGUUGCCAACUCCAACUCCAACUCCAAUUCUUCUUCUGGUGUUCAAUCUCGUAAAGACAUGACAAAAGGAUUCAAAAGGUUACUGAAAUUUGGAAGGAAAAGCCGUGGCACUGACAGCAUGGCUGAUUGGAUUUCUGCUACAACUUCAGAGGGAGAUGAUGAUACAGAAGAUGGAAGAGAUAUUUCCAAUCGUUCAUCAGAUGAUCUAAGAAAGUCAAGAAUGGGGUUGGAGUAUUCCCAUGGUCUCCCUUUUGAAAGUAGCUACAAUGAAACCGAUUAUUUUAGCGAUCAAGUUCAUACAUUGCAGACCUCAAUCCCUACACCUCCAGCAAACUUUAGACUGAGGGAGGAUCACCUUUCCGGAAGCUCUAUCAAAGCGCCUCGAUCUUUCUUCUCUUUGUCAUCAUUUCGCAGCAAAGGAAGUGACUCAAAGCUGAGAUGAGUUGGUAUUUGAAUAUCGGGGGAGUGUUUGUGAUGGAUCUCAUGUUGGUUGAUUGGUAUAUAUAAAAUUAAAAAAUAGAGAGAGAAUGAUUGAAGUUGGCAAACAUGAUGAGUUAUUUUUGGUUGUUGUAUAUGAGGAGGGUAAAUAACCUUAUUGUCGAAUUCCCUAGUCUUUAUUAAGCAAGCAACUAUUCCAUUUUUUUUUUUGGCCUUGGUUCAUUUCGAAUUCUGACAUUGGAAUGGGUAUGUGAAUUGAUGGAUGGAUGUUGUUACUUGUAGUAAUUCCUUUCUAGGGUUGUGAUUCCAUUUGUUUAGUAAUGAUGUGGCAUUUGAUUUUGAGCUAUAUGUAAAUUUGUACUCAUUGUAUCACGACUUGAUCUCUGUUUACCAAAAUUCUGAAUAGUUGUAUUAUUAGAAAAAAGUGAUCGAUGGCUGUGUUGUAUGACCUAUGACAAAUCAAUGAUUAUUUCAUCUGAAUGAGCUCAUUUUGAACAACAAAAUGCUUUUGGUUGAGCAACUGG